CAAGCCUCAUAACAGAGGGAGAGAAAGACGACACAAUAGCGCGAACUGUUAAUCAGUCUAAUCCAGGUGUUGUUAAUUAGUGCUCGGGUUCGUGUGGCACGUGACAGCAGGAACACUAAAGGGAAAAGUCGAUGUGCUCUCAGAUGGAUUAUGCCAUGAAGUCCCUCAGCCUUCUGACUCCAUCUUCUCUCUCCAAGUGUGUGACAGCCAGCGUCUCAGCCAGCGCUUCCAUGACCCAGCAGCUCCUGUCGGGUCGAGCUCCUCGACCAAAGCCCUUCAGGGUCACAAAUGUUGAUCGCAGUGUGAAGAAGGGCAUCAUGGCGGACAAGUUAGAAGACCUGAUGAACAAGGCCAGCGACUCGUUGAGUGCUCAGUGUGCCAGCGCCCUGGUGCUGGAUGAAGAUGGCACAGGGGUGGACACAGAGGAGUUCUUCCAGACGCUGCCUGAAAACGCAGUCCUCAUGGUCCUGGAGAAGGGCCACAAGUGGACCCCACAUCCGAACAGCCCCUCCAGAGAUCAGCUGAGCGAGCGCAGGCCACAGCACCGGACAGAUGUGGCCAAGCUGACUUUUGACCUCUACAAAAACAACCCCAAGGAUUUCAUUGGCUGCCUGAACGUGAAAGCAACCCUGUACGGUGCUUAUUCUGUGUCCUAUGACCUGCGCUGUUACGCUGCCAAAACAAUGCUCAAGGAGGUUUUGCGAUGGACCGUGUUCUCCAUGCAGGCCACAGGCCACAUCCUGCUGGGCUCCUCUGGCUACAUCGAGCAGCUGCUGGAGGAGGAGGAGCAAGCGGAGAAGACCCUGGCGCUGCCGCAGGAAGGCAGGAUCAGACAGCUGCAGAGCAUGCUGCUGGGAAAGAUAUCCCUCUGAUGGUGGACUUGAGCUGAUGACGGUGGAGUGAACGAUUUGUCCAGAUGUUGGACACACUGUAGAUGGUUACUGGUGAUCUCUACGUGUUCAUGUCCCAGUUUUCCAUGUGGACUUUCAGACAUUGCAACAGUCACUUUCUUGCUCUGUUACAUUUUUUUCGCCCAAGAUGUUUGUAGAAGCUGAUUCCACAAGUUAUUCCUCAGAAAGCACUUUUACGCACUACUUUCACUUUUUCUUAUGGAGAUAAAUAAAUAAAAUGAAAAGCCCA